GUUUUGCACAAGGUUCUAUGAGCCAUUAGACAGCAGCAAUCACAAGAGGCUUGAUUAUUCAAAGGACCUAUCCAAUUGUUCCUAAAAGCGAGAUGUACUCUAAAAUGUUUGUUAUCUUCAGUAUUAUGGUACUUUUCUUACUGAAGCAGUCAUCAGGGACACCACACAUGUCAUGCAAAGUUACACUUGCACCGACAAUGAAUACAGGGAUAGGACAGUGUGAUGUCACAAAACUCCAUCGUCAAGGAAAUCCGUACACAUGCACGUGGUUUCAAACUAAUGAGAUCAGUAAACAGACGAAAGAAAUUGCUCGAAAAAGAUUAUAUAAUUUGAAAGAUCACGGCACCCACUUUAGUGGUAAAUGCGGCGCCUUAUUCAGUAUCACCAAAGAUGUAUCGUUGAAAUAUGAGAUACUUCUUCUGCCAGAUGGUCUUCGUGUUACUGCACAGAAAGAAGUGUAUGGAUGAGAGGGUCACCGGUCUGGACGCUAAGACUGUCACUCGUACCUCGACUGGCGAAGAAUGAAUAUUUUCAUGUGAUGCAUCAGUCACGUGCUUUGGCUUGCAAACAGUUUCUCUACUUUGCAUUUUUCAUUUGAUACAAAUCAUUUUGAUUAUGACUAGCAUACAUUU